UGGCUACCUGUUCAGGCUAGCUGCUAAUCCAGAGGUGCCUGCUGAUGCGCAUUUUUCUGAUAAUACUUGCCGUUGCCCAGUUCAUUUUCGCGGGGCUUCGCGGGUGCCGUGGGCGGCUUCGCCGAUGGUGGCGAGAUAUGGGAGCGGGCCGUGUUGAUGGGCAUUCACCCGCUGGCGGCCAUAGGCUUGCUGGUCCUGGCGGUAGUGCCGGGGCUGAAGACAGGGGGCAUCAAGGUUGUCCAAUUCCUGCUGGCCCUGAACAUAGUUGCCGACGGCGUACUGGCGUACCUGAUCUACUCAGGGGUAAGCAAAGGCGACUGGUGGCUGCCGCUGCUGUUCUCGGUAAUCCCACUGGUUGGCUUGGCAAUCAGCCUUUCAGGCAAGGUUCGGAGGUAG